GUUGACAGUCGAGUGAUACCAACAAAUAAAAUUACCAAUGUUCCUAUUUGCAACAGUUUUGCUCAAGUGUAAAGGUUAUUCAAUGUUUUUGAUAAGAAUAAGUGUUUAUGUAUUAAUGAAUGUAGUGCCUCGUGGUUAAUCUAGUGGUUCUCUUGAUAUAUUAAAAUGUCAAAAAAUGCUCUUCUUAGGGUCACCCAGAUGAACGCUGGUUUUUUCGAUAACGAAAUUUAUAAGAUAUUUGGCGAACACGUCCAAGAGAUAUUAACGUAUUUACCGCCUGGUUUUUCUGCGAAAUUUCAAAAUGAAUUAAAUUUAAUUCUGCGUUUAAUCAUUUUUAAUUAUUCCAUCUUAACAUCGGAUAGUACAUUUGGACAGAAACUUAUGUCGGUGAAGUAUGAUAAUUUAACAAAGUUGAAAAGGGGGUUAUACAUUGUUCCAAGCUUUUUGGAGUAUUUCAAAGAAAAAUUUGAAGGAAAAAUCGAAAAUGCUGUUUUAAAAGAUUAUUUGAAUAAAUUUAUUGCGUUGAUACAAAUUUUCCGGUUUUUAAACGUUUCUAUUUUUUUGCGAAGUGGAAUUCGGCCAUUAUUGAUUGAUAGAUUAUUGUUUUUGGAUCAAAGUUAUUUAAAGGAUCAUAAUCAAAGGAUUUAUGAUACUCAGUUUAUGACCAGAGAAUUGUUAUGGGAUUCUUUUAUAGAACUUCUUGUUUACAUUUUACCCUUAAUUAAUUAUCACAAAUUGAAGAGAACUGUAAAAUACUUGAAUCCAUUCCAUAAAAAGCAGAAACAUUUUGAUAUAGAAUCAAGGAAUUAUACUGUUGAUACGAAAUGUCCUCAUUGCGAGGAGUAUCCAAUUUUACCUUCUCAUAUGGGGUGUGCCCACGUUUUUUGCUAUACUUGUUUAAAGGGAAAUCAAUUGGCUGAUAAUCAGUACGAGUGUCCAAUUUGUGAAUAUAGUAGUUAUAAUAGUAUGUGUGACAGAAUUACUAGUGUUUAAUAAAUUUUUUGUUUAAUA